UCGGCGAGUGGUGAAGUUUGGGGAAAGUUUAUUCCGGGGCGGGCUCUCGGGCGGGUGUCACUUCUCCGCCCGUUUCCGCUUGGUUCAGAGGGAAAGUUAGUCGGAGGGUGAGCGCUUGGAGCCCGCCGGCCGGCCGGCGGCAGGAUGAUGAAGCCGGACGGGAAGGUGGUGAUCCUGGGCGAUGUGAACGUGGGUAAGAGCUCGUUGCUGCAGCGUUACACCGAGCGCCGCUUCCAGGACACCCUCAGCACGGUGGGCGCUGCCUUCUACCUCAAGCACUGGGGCAACCACAGUAUCUCCAUCUGGGACACGGCGGGCCGGGAGCAGUUCCACGGGCUGGGCUCCAUGUACUGCAGGGGUGCAGCUGCCGUCAUCCUGACCUAUGACGUGACGAACCGGCAGAGUCUCUGGGAGCUGGAGGACCGCUUCCUGGCGCUCACCGACUCGGCGCUGCCCGGCUGCAUCUUUGCCGUGGCCGGCAACAAGUGGGACCUGACAGAGGAGUGCGCGCAGGCGGAGGGGGAGGCGUGCCCCCGAGCACAGAGGCAGGUGAGGAGGGAGGACGCUAUCCACCUGUACAACCAGCUGCUCAGGUACCGCAUGCUGGAGGAGGGGGCGCUGCCUCCUGCCCACACCAUGUGCUUCGAAACCAGCGCCAAGUCCGGCCACAAUGUGGACCUGCUCUUCGAGACUGUCCUGGAGACGGUGGUGUCUGGAAUGGCAAGCAAACCAAAGGAGCCGUCCCAGACUGUGGACCUGAGGCACAGCGCCAAACCGGAGCAGUCCCGGGCGACCUGCUGCACCUAGAACACCCUGUCCCUGUCCGGCGGUGCGGGGAGACUGCGUGCGGGAUGGUCCCGCACAGAGGACGAGGCCACAGCGUGGUUUCCUUGUGGAACCAAUGGAGUCACACCACUGCGUUCUAGAACAUGGACAUCCCGGGGCAGUGUCCUAGAGCACGUGUGUGUGGUGUUCUGGAACAUGGAUGUCCUGGGGCAGUGCCCUAGAGCACACACACGUGUGUGUGUGUGUGAUGGGGUGUUCUAGAACUUGCGCCACCUAGGCCGGGCUGUUCUCGGGCUCACGGACAGGGACCCAUGUGUUCCAGAUCCCAGGUGGCCCGGGCCGUUGUUCUAGAACACACGUGAGCAGAUGGGCACUGCGUUCUAGAGUGGGCAUCGCAGCCCCGCUCCGGACUAGGAGACCCCUUCCGUCCCCGAACCACUGUAACUGGGAACAUACAUGAUCCAGGCCACUGUGUCUAAAGGACACAUGUCCCCUGGGGCCACUGCCUGCUGGAAUACCAGGCAGGAUGUUGGUGGUUGAUGCACCAAGUGCUGGAUCGCUUGGGAACAUUGUCGCUCUAGACUUCACCCUGUGUUUUGGACCCGGUGGAAGUGAGUCUCCCAUUCAUGGUCCCCUGUAGCCAGCACUGAAUUCCCAGUCACUGGUGUCAGAGGUUCAUGUGACAGGCAACUGCUGCCCCGAGGAUGUUGUGAACACCAACCUGAUUGUGCCACCCUGCUCACGGUGGGGCUGAAACUGCACUGUGCGCAUGAUCAGAUUAUAAUUUAUCAAAACAUCUUGCUUUAAUUUAAUUUUUAAACUGAAUGUAAACACAACUUGUAAUGUGAGGCCAUUAAUGUGAUUAAGUUGUUUCCUAAUUGAUUGCCAACACUUCCCUGAAUAAUAUUUUAAAUGCCACUGUUACCAGACAUGAACUUUAAAUUCACUGUUGAAUUCACCGGUGUCUGACCUUGGUGUGUCAAACAAUACACUACCUGAAAGCGGUUUGUGCGCAUUCCUUCAACAGAGAUAACGUUUUGUGAGGUAACUGGUAUUUACCACAGCUCUCUAUUUCUGCUCUUCUGUCAAUUGUCACAGGGGUUCCCAGUGCAUUUGAAACCAUUCAGCAGUCAGCAGUCUAAGCCAAAUCACCUGGCCCCUUGUUGCCCUGAAUCAGUGCCAGAAACGCUGCUGGAUGUAAUUCAACACUUGCCUUACUGACCAUGGCUUGAAAUAAAAUUCUAAAAUCUUAAACCUGGCAACAGGAACCAUGGUUGACAAGAGACAUAGAAUAUCUUGUCAAGAAGAAGAAAGAAGCUUACCUGAGGUUUAGAAGGCAAGGAUCAGACAGGGCUUUGGAGUUACAAGGUAGCCAGGAGGGAGCUUAAGAAUGGAUUUAGGAGAGCUAGAAGUGGGCAUGAGAGGUCCUUGGUGAGUAGGAUCAAGAAAAACCCCAAGGUGUGGCACUAUUUACAAGUAGAGACGAGUGUUAAAACCACAUUAAAGAGUUACUUCUGGUAAAAUACUUUUUAACCAGAUCCCUGGUGGAUCUGCUCUCCCCUCCUCCACCUAUCACCACCUUGUGCCCAUCCCACCUCCCCUCUUUUGUCCACCUAUCAC